CCCCGCGCAAUUUUUUCAGCUUCAGAAGGGGGAAGGAUAGAUGAUGUAUAAAAAGCCACCGCUUCUUUACGCUUAUCGCACACUCCAUCGUCGAUUUCCUCGACAUCCGGUACACGCAGACAUGAAUCUGACCUUUGCGUUAUCCUGCAUGAUGGCAGUCAUGUGGUUGUUCUGUGGAAGAUGUAGAGCAGCUCCUGGAUUCACUGGAAUCCGUCGCAACUUAGGAAAUCGUCCACAUAUCCGCGGAUACGCCGUGGAAGGCCUCGUAAAGGACCUCGUGGAGGAUCUCGUCGGCGAAGACGAAGAUAAUUUGCGACUUAGCAAGCGUCAGCAAUUAGACGAUUACGGACACAUGAGAUUCGGCAAGCGGUCCAACGGCGACGACGAAGAGUACGGGCAUUCGCGAUUCGGCAGAAAUAUCGAAAAAUAGAACGCCAUUACGUCGGAUUUCUCUACAUCGUAGAUCGUAAUCGUUCACACUCGUGCUAGAUGUAGAUAGAAUAUAUUUUACAUUCCAGCUAAUUACGAUCUCGUGUCUCGUCAUUCUACCUCUUCUCCAGUUUCUUCAUCUCCGUUUUUACGCUACAAUUUUAUCCGCGCUCUCUAAAACGCUAGCGAUCUAAUUACCUCGAAUUAUUUUUGUAACAUUGCCGCUAUAUUUCCUUAGGAUACUACAACACAGUGACGCUUUUAUUUAGUGUGAAGAUAGAACUUUAUAAAUAAUCUUAAAAAUAAUUAAAUCGACAUUAUAACAAGAUCUGACAAAUUAUAUAUAAAUUAUUCAAUUUCUUUUAUGUGUUAAAAUAUAUUGAAAGUAAAACAUAAUGAAGUGCAGAAAUAAAAUCAGCUCCUACUCACAAAAAAAAAA